AUUCUCCAUUGCCUUAUUGUUUGACCUAUAUAUCUCUUGUCACUCAUAACAGGUACCUCUCCAGCCAGAGAAUCACCAUGAAGAAGUCUCCUCAAGUGGCUCGAGUCUCUCGACCACCAAGCCCUGGCAGUGAUUCUGAUGGCAAUGACCAAGGUGACGACCAAAGCAUCGUAAUCCCCGGUGCCCGUGGCAGCAGCAAACUCAACGCUACAGUUAAUAGCUUUCAAGAGAAAGAACUCUCGAGGUUUGUUCCUUCACCAAUGCCUACAGAUUUAUCAGUCCAAGUUCAGGGAAUCACCUUUAAUGUUCACAAGUAUCCCUUGGUGUCAAAAUGUGGCUACAUACACCGAUUAGAACUUCAGCCUUCAAUCUUAAAUUCGGGGUUCGACGUCAAGCUUGAAAACUUCCCAGGAGGAUCAGAAACAUUUGAAUUUGUUCUAAAAUUUUGUUAUGAUCUCCCAGUAGACUUUAAUUCUAACAACAUUGCUCCACUAAGAUGUGCAUCAGAAUUUCUGGAGAUGACGGAAGAGCUUGGAGAUGGAAAUCUCAUCACCAAGACAGAAGCUUUCCUCACAUUUGUAGUCCUUUCCUCUUGGAAAGACACCAUUACUGUUCUAAAAUCCUGUGAAACUCUAUCUCCAUGGGCUGAAAAUCUCCAGAUAGUCAGAAGAUGUUGUGACUCAAUAGCUUGGAAGGCUUCUAGAGAAAUCUUAACAACUGGAGAUGAACUUAUUGAAGAAGGCUGGUGGUUUGAUAAUGCUGCUACCCUUCACAUGGAUCAUUUCAUAAAGAUUAUAGCUGCAAUAAGUUCAAGGGGAACAAAACCAGAGAUCAUAGGUAAAUGUAUCAUGCACUAUGCAGAUAGAUGGUUGCCAGGUAUGGACAUGGAGUUAGGAGGACUAAGAGGUUAUGGGCAUGGAAAGAACGAACUGCCAUUUUGUGUCUAUAGUGGGAAGGAAGAAGGGGGCAGUGGAAACAGUACGGAGCAAAAAACAAUUAUUGAAAGCCUAGUAAGCAUACUUCCUCCUCAACAAGAAGCUGUUUCAUGCAAGUUCCUGUUCAAGAUGUUAAAGAUGGCAAUGGUAUAUUCUGCAACACCAGCAUUGAUUUCAGAGCUGGAAAAGAGACUCGCAAUGAUGUUGGAAGAUGCCAAUGUGAACGAUCUUCUGGUCCCUAGUUAUAAAAAUUCCAUUCAAGGCAAGCUGGUGAAUUCGGAACAAUGCACAAUGCAUGAUAUAGAUGUUGUGCAAAGGAUAGUGGAUUAUUUUUUGAUGCAAGAACAGCAGCAACAGCAACAGAAGUCUAGAAAAUGCAAUCUUAGUAAGAUCUUAGAUAAUUACCUGGCUGAGAUUGCAAGAGACCCAAACCUCUCUAUCACUAAGUUUCAGGUUUUAGCUGAAUCACUACCAGAAAAUGAUCGGCCAUGCCAUGAUGGUCUCUACAGGGCCAUUGCAGCUACCUCAAGGUUACCUACUCAUCCUUCACUAUCUGAGCAUGACCGGAGAAGGCUGUGCAAAAUAAUGAACUGUGAGAAACUGUCUUUUGAUGCAUGCGUGCAUGCUGCACAAAAUGAUCGAUUACCUCUACGAACUGUUGUCCAGGUGCUGUUUUCAGAGCAAGUAAAGAUGAGGGCAGUAAUGCAAGAGAAGGAGCCAGCGCCAAGCGGCAAUAUCUCCGAACAGGAGGGAAACCAGUCAUCUACAGAUGCAGAGAUAAAGACGCUCAAGACAGAGCUUGAAGUUGUUAAGAUGAAUAUGGCAGAGCUGCAGAAUGACUACUCUGAGUUACAGUGGGAGUAUGAAAAGCUAGGCAACAAGCAAACGAACAUAUUCCAAUGGAGUUUCAGCUGGAGAAAGAUCAAGAACUCUUUCCAUACUAAAGUGGAAGGGAAAGAAACUGGAGCUGGAAAGCAGAUACCCAACCACUUCAGACGAAGGUUAUCCAUUUCCUAAUUGACUUACCAUCGGAACAAACACCCUGUACUAUAAAUGCUAAGUCCAUCAAAGAGCCUUCAGAGGAUCAUGCAGAGAAAUAUGACAAUCUGCCUUCUAGCUUGUCCAAGCUCAAAAAAUAUAGCAGAUGCACAUAGAAUUUGUAUCAGUUAGCAAUGAAGAAUAGAAGAUCGUAUUUCUUCUUC